CACGUUACACUUGUCACUUCCGGCGCUUGUUUGGCUGGCAGUUUGAAAUGAGACCGCUGGCUCCAUAAAGAAUACUUGAACUGCUUAAAUGGCAGGUUUAUUUAAUGUGGAUACACGCUGUGGAACAAGAAGAGUCCUCUAGAGUGUACUGCAGGCUCUACUUCUCUGUCUUGCUACCGUACUAUGUUCAAAAAGAUGACUGAAUUUGGUCCAGAUUCCGGGGGGCGAGUUAAGGGAGUAACCAUUGUGAAGCCCAUCGUAUUUGGUAACGUUGCCCGCUACUUUGGGAAAAAGAGAGAGGAGGAUGGACACACACAUCAGUGGUCUGUCUAUGUGAAGCCUUACAGGAAUGAGGACAUGUCUGCCUAUGUGAAGAAGAUCCAGUUCAAGCUACACGAGAGCUAUGGUAACCCACUGAGAGUGGUGACAAAGCCUCCAUAUGAGAUUACGGAGACGGGAUGGGGGGAGUUUGAGAUCAUCAUCAAGAUCUUCUUCAUUGACCCCAAUGAGAGACCUGUCACUCUAUACCAUCUGUUGAAGCUGUUCCAGUCAGACUCCAGUGCCAUGCCUAAGAAAACAGUUGUUUCUGAAUUCUAUGAUGAAAUGAUCUUCCAGGAUCCUACAGCCAUGAUGCAGCAGCUGCUGACUACAUCAAGACAGCUCACCCUGGGAGCAUACAAGCAUGAGACAGAGUUUAUUGAGCUGGAGCAGAGAACCAAGGAGAAAAUGGAAACCGCAAAGAAGAGAACCAGCCAGGAGAUCACAGAGCUGAAAGACAAACUAAAAGCCAGCAGAGAGAACAUCAACCACCUGAAGGCAGAGAUCAGGAAACUGGAGGAGGACGGAGACCACAAGGAGCACUGAGAAAUGGACAAUGUUGGGAGUGUUGUCAGCUGUCUUGCUUGUGGCUGAAACAAGCAUUUUGUGAUUGGUUCUUUACAUAUCUGUCACUUAUAUUUUUUCGGCCAUAACAAUGCUGGAUCAGCUGGCUGUAUUUUUGUUUUUGCAACACUGGGUUUGUCCAGUCAUCUCGAUGUAAUUGAUGCUGUGUUGAAGCAAGGUUUUUCUAUACAUCUACAAGAAGUCAACCUGAGUUGAGGUCUGAUCAGACAGAUUCAGUGAAGCAUCCCCAUAGUGUUCAUACAUACCUAAUGAGAUAUCCACAUUAGUUUGGACAGUUUUGAAUGUGAAUAGCUCCGUUGUUUUUUACUGAUCUUACCGUUUUCCAUAUAAAGUAAAUGUGUUAACAGUA